AUGGGCUUCUUCGACUUCCUCCCCUGUUGCGGGCGCCGUAAGGACGAUGCUUCAUCCGAGACGGACCCCCUCGUCGCCCCGUUCCGCGAGGGCAGCAUUACGAGCCAGGACGCAUAUGGGUCCAUGUCGAUGAGCGCGAGUGCGACGUUGGACGGAUCGCACGUGCCGACCGGCGCGCUGAGUGCAAGUGCAAAGGACCGCAUUGACAAGAUUGGGCGUGAGGUUGGCGCCAACAUGCUCUCGAUCAACACGUCCUCGCGCAGCCAGCUCCGCAUGCGCCCACCCUCGCCCACCGACUCAGCCUCCUCCUCGCGCCCACCCACCCCCUCCCCCGCCCGACCAGACCCCGAGGGAGGAAUCAUGUCCCCGCCACCUGAAGAGGACAGCACCAACUCUGAGGGUGGGGACGUGCUUCACAAGACGUUAUUCGCGGGCGGCGCACCGCGCGGCGCCAAAAAGCCCAAGAAGAAGGGUGCCAAGGGCAAGGGGAGCCGCGCAAAGAGCAAGAAACAAAAGUAA